UGCCAGAAAAUAACGGCUUAUCUAAAUGCAAUCCUCAUAACUUUAAUCCGUACAAGGUCAACAAUAAAGUGUGUAACCAAAGUUUCCUUACGACCGAGAACACGUCAUCAUCACAUUGCGUGGACUGGUACCAAUAUUAUACGUUGUGUCGGCAAAGUGGAGAAAAUCUCUACUGGGGUUCAGUAUCUUUUGAUAACAUUGGUAUGGCAACAGUUGUAAUAUUUCAAAUCAUCACACUCGCUGGAUGGUCGGACAUUAUGUAUAAAAUACAAGAUGUACAUUCCUUUUGGAAUUGGAUUUAUUUCGUCUUUCUUGUUGUUCUUGGUUCUUACUUCAUGACAAAUCUCUUUUUUGUUGUGAUAACGUCACAAUUCCAACAAACAAAACAACGCGAGAAGGAGCUAAUGAAAAAAUCGCGCCUGCGAUCUCGGGCCAGCGUCAGCACGGUAUCCUCAAGUUUGACGCAGCAAGGAUGUUAUACACAGUUGUUGCAAUAUCUUGAGCAUCUUUGCCGUCGUUUUAAAAAGUACAUUUGUUCCAAGAUCAAAAUGGACAAGGAGUCUAAACGUCGACGUGUUCCAUCUUCUAUGCAACUAAAGAACCGUAUGGAUAAUGUAGAAUCUAUCCAUCAUCAUCACCACCAUUACCACUAUUGUCACCAUUAUGUACAUCAUCAUCCAUGUCAAUGUGAAAAUGAGAUCACAUAUUCCCCUCCGACUUCAAACGCACCUGCCAUAUCAACAGAACAAUCCAGUCAUCCUUACAUCCAGUCGGUUGAUCAUACAUUACGAAUGUCAUGCGAUACAUCCGAUUUAAAAAUUGAUCCAUAUAUUCAAGUUACUGCUCAAGCGACAACGGCGCUCUACCAGGAUACUGGAGACAACUCAUCAGGAAAAAUGGUUUCCACAGCAACAGCAAAUAUAAAUAUUGAUGGUGACGAAUCUUCAGAAAACGUCAUUACGUACAGUAAAACCGCUGCCCCAGUUAAUGCAAUUGCAACAAAGGCAACUGAAAAGACUUUGGAGGUGGCGUGCUCUUGUGCAGCAAGGCAUUCCGAGGACGAAAAUGUUAACGUGAUUAAGAAUGCUUGUAAUGAUUAUAUAUAUUCUUUCGACGAUGACGAUGUGGAUAGCCCAAAUACGAAGAAAAAAUGUUUGGUCAAAAUACGUUAUAAUCUCAAAGCAUUUGUUGAAAGUCGACAUUUUAUGAGGCUCAUCAUGGUGUCCAUAUUUCUGAACACGAUAAGUAUGGCCAUAGAGCAUCAUGGGCAGCCGAAGAAAAUGACGAACAUUUUGGAAACUGUCAACGUCGUAUUUACCUCAAUUUUUGCGAUAGAAAUGCUGAUAAAAAUUGCUGCAUUUGGACCUUACGGUUAUAUUAAAGAUGCAUAUAAUCUGUUUGAUGGUGUGAUUGUCAUUGUAAGUUUUAUGGAUAUUUUAGCUGACAGCGAUACGAGUGGUUUGUCUGUUAUGAGAUCAUUUCGAGUAUUGAGAAUAUUCAAACUUGUUCGUUUCAUGCCAGAGUUGCAACGUCAGUUGGCGGUUAUGGUACGAACUUUAGAUAACGUCAUGUCUUUUCUGGCGUUGCUUGCUUUGUUCGUAUUUACAUCGAGUAUUUUUGGGAUGCAUCUUUUCGGAGGGAAAUUCCAGUUUGCAAACGAAGAUGGUCAGCUGGUCACAUCGCGGGCUAAUUUUGACACUUUAUUUUGGGCGCUUGUUACAGUGUUUCAGAUUCUGACUGAAGCUGACUGGAAUGUCGUUCUUUUUGACGGAAUUCGUUCUCUCUCAUCAUGGUCUUCUCUUUAUUUUAUAUUUAUUAUGGUCAUUGGAGAUUUUAUUUUAUUUAAUCUCCUCGUCUCUAUCAUUGUGGAAGGUUUUAUUGACCACGCUGCUGCUGAAAAAGAAGAACUUUUGUUAAAAAACAAAAAUUUCCAAGCAGAACCGUCUUCACCGUCCGCAAAAUUAGGUCAUAAUCCAUGCAUGUCAGAAAAAGAACCAUAUUUCUCUUGCCCAGACCUCCACACAAUGUACCCCAAAUAUCUCCAACGUUCCCAGCAGCUCAUCAGAUGCACCUCAGCUCCCUGCCAGUCUUGGAGCAAUUAUAAACGGGAGAACACCACUUCUUCACAAUUUCAUGUUUUAUCUUUGGACGAAUUUAAAACAGAAAAAGAUGGAAAGAAAGAUGACAAAGUACAAUGUCAAUCUUUACAAGAAGAAAAUACGUCUCUGGUUUUUCAAAUUGUCGAGCAAGUUGAAAAUGAAAACGAAACCGUUGACAAUCAUGCCACGUCAUGUUUAAAGCGUCGUCAAGAAUGGUCACUUUUUAUCUUUUCACCAGAAAAUAAACUUCGUCGACUUGUCGUCAAAAUUCAUCAGCAUCCAUGGUUUGAUCGAGUGGUAUUGCUGUUUAUCUUGAUAAAUUGUAUUGUUAUGGUAAUGGAAGAACCUGGAUUGGACAAGAACAGUGAGAUGGGUCAGUUUAUUCAAAUAAUGCAGUACAUUUUCACAACAGUAUUUACGAUUGAGAUGUCUAUCAAGGUGAUAUCUAUGGGUCUUAUCAUUGGUCCUGAUACAUACCUAAAAUCUGGUUGGAACAUCGUGGAUGGAAUCCUUGUACUUAUUUCACUGGUUGAUCUUAUCGUUUCCUUGACAACAGAGGGCAGUGGUGGAAUCUUGGGAAUUCUAAGAGUAUUUCGAGCGUUUCGUACUUUAAGACCUCUGCGAGUUAUAAAUCGCGCUCCUGAGUUAAAAUUGGUUGUUGAAACAUUGAUCAGUUCACUAAAGCCGAUCGGGAAUUUUUCUCUUAUAGCUGCUACGUUUUUUGUUAUAUUUGGUAUCUUGGGUGUACAGUUGUUUAAAGGCAAAUUCUAUUCCUGCAACGAUGCUAAAUCAUCAUUAAAAAUAAAUAACAAAGAUCAAUGUAUUUCAAACGAUGGCAACUGGAUGAACAACGUGUACAAUUUUGACAACUUGGCUAGCGCUUUAUUAACACUUUUUGUGUUUUCAACAUGUGAUGGCUGGACGGCCAUAUUGUACUCAGGCAUUGAUGCAGUUGAUGUUGACAAACAGCCAAAACGUGAUUACGCCAAGUGGAAUAUUUUGUAUUUUAUUGCAUUUCUUCUGAUUGCUGGUUUCAUUGUAAUGAACAUGUUGGUUGGUAUUGUGAUCGAAAACUUUCACAAAUGUUGCGAUGAACAGAAGUUGAAGGAACAAAAUUCAUCCGCUAUAGAGACUGUAAAUACACGAUUAAGACCACCAAGAAAUUCAAUUUCAGAAAUCGCUGAUCCUAGCAUUCCUGAAUGGCGUCAGAAACUGUUUCUAUUUGUUACUCAUGCGUAUUUUGAUCUAGCCAUUGCAAUUGUUAUUGGUAUCAAUGUUGUUUGUAUGGCCAUGGAGCAUUAUAACCAACCCAAAAUGUUGACGUUGUGUUUACAAUACGCAAACUAUAUAUUCACUUUCUUGUUCGUGUUGGAAGCAGUUCUUAAAUUAAUCGCUUUUGGAAUAAGAAAUUAUUUUAAAGACAGAUGGAAUUGUUUGGAUAUGUUCAUUGUAAUCUUGUCAAUUGGUGGGAUUAUAUUAGAUGAGUUAGCAACAUCAGAUCUACCGAUCAAUCCAACUAUCAUACGUGUUAUAAGAGUUCUGAGAAUAACUAGAGUGUUGAAGCUUUUGAAAACAGCAGAAGGAAUCCGUUCUUUGUUGGAUACCAUUGGUAAAGCAUUACCACAGGUCAUCAACUUAGGAAUUCUUUUUCUCCUUCUUUUUUUCAUUUUUGGAGCUUUAGGAAUGGAGUUGUUUGGCCAUAUAUCUUGUGACAAAAUAGAAUGUAAUGGUUUGGACAGACAUGCUCAUUUUCGAAAUUUUGGCUACUCCCUUUUAACCUUGUUUCGUGUGUCUACAGGAGAUAACUGGAAUGGGAUAUUAAAGGACACAAUGAAUUCAAAAAUAUGCAAGUCCGGUGAAACAGAGAGAUGUGUUAUUAUCAAUAAUAUUGCUCCUAUCUUUUUCUCUUCAUUUGUUCUUAUAACACAAUUUGUCCUCCUCAAUGUUGUCGUCGCCGUCUUAAUGAAACAUUUGGAGGAAUCGAAAUUGGAAGAAACAAAAUCCGUAAAAAAUGAAACCUUAGCAGUAUCGACAAUAUUUCACGAAAAGCAUGAAACAGAAGGUAUCCAGACUUUUUCUAAACAAUCGCAGACUUCAUUACGAUCGCGAAGAAGUGAGAACGGCAUUUUGAAAAAGAAACGAGGGCAAUGCGAUCCUUAUGGUCAGAGGAGAUCCAUGAGCAUGGGAGAAUUAGAGAACAACAAUGGACGGAAUUAUAUGAAAACACAAUAUUGUUUUAAGGAAAUGGAUCUCUUGAGCACAAGAAAUUUGGGACAGAGAAAAGUAUCUUCGGAGAACGAAUUUUCUGAUGAAGAAAUACAUGAUUUCGCAACAUCAAACGACAAGAAAGGCACCACUAUUAAAAUCAAAGCAAUUCACGAUAACGACUCUUGCCAAUCAACUGUGAAUGCCUUUGUAGUUCAUAAAAAAGACACUAGAGACUUAGAUAAAAAUUCCCUAUCUGACAAGAAUUAUACUAAUAAAGGGAUAUAUUCCCGACCACAUCUCGAAUUCAACAAUCCACACAAUCAGGUUUUGAAAUAUCCUUCUUUACAUUGUGAAGAUUUAACUCCUGUUCAGGAAAUUUCUAGCACUCUUGUGAGCCCUUCGCAAACAUCUAUUGCCAACUAAAGAUCGAAUGCAGAUCACUCUGAAUUGUUUUUAAAGUGUUCAAAUAAAGAAAAUGAAGAUAGUUAUGAUGUGUCAAAAGAGGAACAAAUAACUGACAAUGAAAAUCGUUCUAGUGAAGCGAGCAAAAAACAAAUAUUUUUUACCGAAGAACAACUCAAUGUUCUACAGAACUGUGAAAUAAAAUAAAUUCUACGAAAUCCAGAAAACGAAGAGCUGACUGAUACUCACAAAAUGAACGAUUUUCUAACAGAAGAGGUUAGGAGUGAAAAUGACAACGUAGUUGAUGCAUUAAGUAUUUAUAAUAAAUCGCUUAAGAAGGAUGUGAGAAAUUGCAAAAAUGAGAAGACUGGGACUCACCAGACACAGGAGACAUGUCAUGCUGAGAAAACUGGACUCACCAGACACAGGAGACACGUCAAGCUGAAAAGACUGGGACUCACCUAACACAGGAGACAUGUCAAGCUGAAAAAACUGGGACUCACCAGACACAGGAGACACGUCAAGCUGAGAAGACUGGGACUCACCAGACACAGGAGACACGUCAAGCUGAAAAGACUGGGACUCACCAAACACAGGAGACACGUCGAACAAAAAAUCUCCACAAACAUAACGAUGAAAACGUAAAUAAUCAGAACGUCGAGACAAAUUAUAAUGCAGCAAAAAGUGAUGGGGAAACUAAACCAACAAUGGAUGACGUCUCAUAUGAACUUUGCGGUACAUUAGAGGAUUGUGCAAGUACCUUGAGGGAUGAAAAUGUCAGAAAAUCAAACAAAGUUACCGAGUUGAACAAUUUGGAAGGUGAUGAAACGACGAAUGUUUGUAAAAAGAACGAAAUAACUGAUAAAGCAAACAAAGCACAAAUAUCAGACUUAUCAAACGAGUAUUCAGACCUUUCAGCAAAGGAUUUUUAUAACGUUCGGGCAUCUCUAGGGAAUAUAAGGGGUGCUGAAUCCGAAGAAUUUUUGAACGUUAAGAGAUCAUUAGGGAUCUUGCGGGGUAAUAAGGAUAAACGAAGUUCAUUAGGAGGUAGCUGUGGGAAUAUUUCAAACACGCUACCUUUAACUGAAACUGGAAAACGUGCAGUAAGAUUGGAUCCUUUACCUUCAAGAAAAUGAGAAAUUUACUUACACACCAGCAAUGCACGAUGGGAAACACUUGGUUUGCACGUGAUAAAAUACUUAAUUUGAAAACACCGAAUGAAUUAUAAUAUUAAAGUUUUUACUAAGACGUUGAUAAUAAGAUAUAUGUAAUUCGUUAGUUUUACAUUUCUGUCGUUUGAUACAUAACACACACUCCCCCGCAACCAACAAUGAAUUUGUGCGAGUUUUGAAAAUGGGGAAGAUUUAAUUUGCUAUGGUGAAUUUUCUCUGUUCAUCUUUUUGUAAUUAAAAUCUCAGUAGUUUAUCUCCUGUAAUAGAGUCUGAAAAGACAGAGGCUCACCAUGACUGAUUACAGAAAACAAGGUCAAUGUUUGAAAGAACUUAACAAAGCUCUAAUCUUUGUCAAAAAAUACUCAAGAUCAAUGUUUGAAAAACAUUGAUCUUAGGUUUAAUAUUAGUUAUGUAUGUGUUAGGCUUACUUGGCUUACUGUCAGGCUUGUCAGCUCAGUUUCAACACGCGUGUCGAGUGACACGCGUGUGUUUUUACACGAUAAUUGAAAUUUGCGCGGGCGGGUUUGAAAAUAGCAUAUUUACAAUUAAACUUUUGGCAAAAUUUUA